AUGGCAACUGUUUCAGCGCCGCCCCCGUCAGCCGAUGCUCUACGGGAUGUUGUACGAAAUGCUGGCAAGAAAGAAAUUGUUAGAACUCAUAUGCGAAAUCUAAUUGACAAAAUGCUCGCUCGUUAUUCCUCCGAAUUUGUUGUCUGCCGAGAACUUAUUCAAAAUGCCGACGAUGUAGGAGCAACAUGGUUUCAUUUUGAGAUUACAUGUCGCACAUGUAACGAUGUUAGACGACAACCAAGUCAUACAUCGGAGAUAGAUUUUCACAAUAGUUGUAUUACGGAAAUUUGUGCAACUAACAAUGGGCGUGAGUUUACUGAAACUGAUUGGAAGCGUGUAACUGCCAUUGCAGAAGGUAAUACCGACGUGGAUUCAGUUGGCCAAUUUGGUGUUGGAUUCUUUUCUGUGUUUUCACUUUGUGAAGAACCGAUUAUUAUUUCGGGAAAAAAAUUUAUGGAAUUUAUCUGGCAAGACAAUAGAAUUUUGAAAACAUAUCUUCGUGAUUUACCUACCAAGAAACAAUCUCAAUCGACUUCAAUUUGUCUUACGUUGAACAAAAAAUAUAUUUUACUUAAUCAUCCAACUACUGAACAUGUCGAGAUAUUGACCGGCAAUUAUCGAUUAUCAAAUGAAGAGACAACAAACGAAAUUUUUUUAACUUUGAAUUUAUCAGACCUCAAGGCUUAUUUCACAAAAGGUUAG